UAAUUAUUUAGAUAACUACAGAUCGGAUAAGAUAAUUGAUUAAUCAGACAAAACAGAUCGGAUGAAUGCGGAUGUGGUCGACCCGAACCCGGUUCAGUGAAUCAAGAUCCACUGUCGUUAACAAACAAUCUACUCUGUUCAAAUCCCACCUUACUCCGGCGAGGACUAACUCAGCGAGUCUCCGAUCGAGUCAGAUGGGGACGGGAACUAACGGCGAGUUGAAGUACGAGAUCUCACAGAACGCCUACAUCAAACUCGUCCUCCACUCCCUUCGCCACAAGACGGCGGCGGUCAACGGAGUCCUUGUCGGUCGAAUCAGCCCUAAGGACGAAGGAGUCGUGGAGAUCUCCGAUUCCGUGCCUCUCUUUCACUCCAACCUCCCCCUCCUUCCUCCUCUCGAAAUCUCCCUCAUCAUGAUAGAGGAGCAUUACGUGGCUCAAGGUUUGAGUGUUGUUGGCUACUUUCAUGCCAACGAGAGGUUCGAUGACGUGGAGGUCUGUGGUGUGGCUAAGAACAUUGGUGAUCACAUCUCUCUCUAUUUCCCUCAAGCACCGAUUCUCUUGUUGAAUAACAAGAAGCUUGAAGCCUUAUCAAAGGGUAAAGAUCGAAGCCCUGUGAUGCAGCUUUGUGUGAGGGAUGCUUCCAAGAACUGGAGAGUGGUUGGAGCUGAUGGAGGAAGCAAGUUACUCUUAAAAGAGCCAUCCGCCAAUGUGGUUUUGUCAGAUUACAUUUCGUCUGAGAAAUGGAAAGACGUCAUAGAUUUUGAUGAUCAUCUUGAUGAUGUCACCAAGGACUGGCUAAACCCUGGACUUUUCAACUGAAGACGGGCUUGCGAUAUAGUUAAUUAGAGUUUUGCUUUCUUCAUCUUCAGUCGAAAAACAAAAUAUUCUCAGACUACAAUUUCCUUUAAAUCUUGUUCAAGUAUUA